AAAAAUUUCGGAUCCCUCCUCCUUCUCUUUAUUUGUUUUCCCUCUCUUUUCAACACCACAAGCCCUUGGAGGGAAAACGCUUCUCAAAUCUCAAACCCCACCCCUCUUUUCCAAUCAAUAUUAGGGUUUCGUUUCUGCUCUCAUCUCCCUCCAAAAGCCCCGAUCUUUCCUCAUUUCUCUGUUCGCCGAUUCACCGCCGCCCUUGCUCCGGGAACUGUGCCCCGCCGCUCCUCCGGCUUCGGAUUUUUCCAGGUCAGACUUCUCAGGAUUACGUUUGUUCAAGGUGGAAAUGCAAACAAGGAAGAAAAGUUCUGGAAGAGCUGCUUCUCGAGAGCAUACCAGUCCCAAGGUUACACGAGCUCAGAAGAAAGCACAUGAAAAUGUCAAAGUAUUGGAUACCAAAGUUACAGAUAUGAUUACAUCUUCCUCUAGAAAGCAGAGAUUCGGUGGGGCCCAUAAGAAGAAUGAAGAGCCUGUUACUGCGAGCAGUUUAAGUACAAAUUAUGACUUUCUGCUUAAUGAGACUGCUGAGAGUUUGGGGCAUGAUGCUUUAAGUGAUGAUUGCAAGGAGAAUAAGGGUUGUGAGGGGGAUGAUGCCAAUUGCAUGCUAGGAACUAUAUUUUCUCCUGCCUUCCACAUAUCAAAACAUGCUGGUGGUGAAUCUGCCAAUGGAGUUGAUUUUGUUAAAUACUUUCAAAAUGGAGAUCACAAUUUCCAUCAAGAGAUGAAUAUAAAGUACUCACAUGAUGAUGCACACCAUGGUUAUGUUGGCAAAGAGACUUCUGAGUCCGUUGUUCGAGAUGGGAACAACUACUGUGAGAACACAUUAUCUUCUGUUAAUAUAACAUGUCCUGUUGUGGAGGCAACCAAUAUAUCUUCUGAAGUCUCAGCCAUAUAUCUUGCCAUGAAAAAUUCUAAGUUGGAGUGUUUAGAUGAGCAUGGUCAGGAUCCUAUGUCAACUGAUUUGUACGUGGAUGAUGAUGACAGUGAAGAAUUUGAUGACUUCGAUCCUUACUUAUUUAUCAAGAACCUACCUGACUUGUUCUCAGUUGUCCCAACCUUUCGGCCGUUGCUGCUACCUAAACAGACUCGAAGUUGCCCUCCUACAAGUCUUGUUUUGGACUUGGAUGAAACUUUGGUACAUUCCACACUUGAACCUUGUGAUGAUGCAGACUUCACAUUUCCUGUAAAUUUUAACCUACAAGAGCAUACAGUAUAUGUUCGAUGCCGUCCACAUCUCAGAGAUUUUCUGGACAGAGUUUCACUUCUUUUUGAGAUCGUAAUCUUUACAGCUAGUCAAAGUAUCUACGCAGAGCAGCUUCUAAAUGUGCUGGAUCCAAAGAGGAAGAUUUUCCGCCAUCGUGUUUUUCGUGAUUCCUGUGUUUUUGUGGAGGGGAAUUAUCUCAAAGAUUUGUCAGUUCUUGGCCGGGAUUUGGCACGUGUUAUCAUAGUCGACAAUUCUCCACAGGCAUUUGGGUUCCAAGUGGACAAUGGAAUACCGAUUGAGAGCUGGUUUGAGGAUCGUUCUGAUACAGAAUUACUUUCGUUACUUCCUUUUUUGGAAAGCUUGGUUGGAGUAGAAGAUGUCCGACCCCUAAUUGCAAACAAAUUCAACCUCCGGGAGAAAAUAGCUACUGCUGAUUAUCCACUAAGCUCAAAUAGAAGUGAAUCUUUAGUGCCAAUGUGAAUGGCAGUUCAACAGUUUGAUCUCUCUUGUACGUGUUGUCCUGUAAUUUUAAAUUAUCAUUACUCGGAAUAGUGUUCUGUUUGUUGUGAAGUUCUGCGGCUUCGCAAACUGCUGACUGAUAAUCAGCUUAGAAAUAAGGUUUCUUGAUAUUUAAAGGUUAAUAUAUGCUGUUUUAUUUUAGAAAUAA